UGAUGCGUUGGAAGGCGGUAAACCCUGAUUACAUAAUCACUAAUCGCAGCUUGCGCGACCUCCGACUGCCGAUCCGCGUUUACAUACAUCCCGCAGUUCCAGGUAAACAACCAAACGCUCGCGCAUUCUUCAAUCUAACAAUUCAGCCGAUCCUUAGUCGACACGACAAGAAGAUUCGCAUACUUGUGGAGGGAGAAUACCGAUAAGAAAUAGGGACGAUUAUUUUCGAUUUAAGAUAACAAGGCAUUCAUCCAACAUGCCGGGCAGGACCCGCCGGUCUGCCGCCGCAGCAAAUGCCCCAGAAUCCAGCGCGCAAAACGGAGAGUCCGGCACAACGAACAACGCAGCAGAGAACCCAGUGACGAACUCCACAAACAAUACCCCUCGAGACCAGGACGAAAUUAUGCAAGAUGCAGACGUUCAAGCAACCAGCGAACCAGCCGCCGCAGAGAAUCCAACGACAACAGAUACAACCCAACCUACUACCACACAGCCCACAGACCCUAGAGCUACAGAUUCUUCCAAAACAACAGCAGAUCGCACAUCUACAGCAGCAGAAGAAUCGCAGUCGUCGACAGAGUCAGCGCAGAUACAGAAUCCACGUUCUCAAAGAGCAUCCGCCUCCCCAUCUCCGCCGCCCGCACCACCUGUUGCCGAGGCCCCAGGUCCUCGCGCAAUGGCUCUGCAUAACAUUUUCAAUGGCGCCCUGUCGCAUACGCUGAAAAUGUGCUCGUUUGAUAAUUUUUCAGCGUGUUUUCCAACGCCUGCCAAACACGUGCCGAAUGAAUUGCGGGGCAUGUGGAGAAUGAUGAGCCAGCGGUUUGAAGAACUGGCGAGGUCUGAGUUUGAAGCGAUCCAGCUCGAGCGCAAUGUUGUGCCCUCGCUCAAUGAACUCGAUCGAUUAGUUGCCGAUGCGCAGAAGAGGAAGGCCAGAGCGCCUGCUGGUGCGGAGGUUCCUGUUCCACCACACACUCUCCCCCCUCAGGCGCUGUAUCUCGCCCAUCUCGCACCACACCUCGCGCGGUCUCAGUCUCGCCUUAACGCGCGCUUGCAAACCACUCAGUCCCGGAACGCGCGACUCGUCGACGAAAUCACCGCGCAGCGCAACGAGAUUACAAAUCUGCUCGGCGAGCUUGAAGGCGUGGUACACGAUUUGAGUACCGCUGCGGAUAGAGUGUGGAGCACAACCUCGGGAGAGAAAGACGGGGACGGGGAUGCAGCGAUUAAAUCUGAAGGGCCUUCCAUGGAUCAUGACGGCCCUGAGAACCAUGAAGAUAAUGAGGCGCGCAAGAAGAGGAGAAGAAGGCUUGUUGAUGAGAUUGUGGAUAUGCAGACUGAAUUGGACCAUAAUUAAGUUAGUAGAGAUGGAGAGUAUAUGAUGGAUGUUUGUUUGCAUGGGGGAAGGUUCGCUUUGAUUUGGAUGUUUGGACGUUUGAACUUUUGGAUAUCGGGUGUUGCUGUUGGCUGCUGGCGUUUUAGGCUUACAUUACGGGAACUCUGGGGAGACGCAUUGGGAUAUAUGCAAUGGAUUUUGAACGGAGUACUAAGUUUCUAUAGGACCAGAUGGUAUUUGGCUUUGUUAAUUCUUUUGACUCAAACGUCAAUGUUACGAAAUACACUUUGUGUAGCAAGAUGACGUGAAGGGACCAAUAUACGAAAUUAUGGACACAUGUAUGUAUGGACGUAUUGCAACUAAUGUGCCUGGUUGGUGAUGUGAAAUGACCAAAAAAAUAUAUUAAAGGA